AUGGGUUGGGGAGCUCCAAAACAAGCAUGGAAGAAAGGUCCAUGGACUCCUGAGGAAGAUAAGCUCUUGACUGAAUAUGUCAACUUUCAUGGGAAGGUGGAGUUCAGUUUGAAUAGGAGUGGGAAGAGUUGCAGGUUGAGUUGGGUGAAUUAUUUGAGGCCUGGUCUUAAGAGAUGUCAUAUUACGCCUCAGGAGGAAGGGAUCAUCUCUGAAUUGCAUGCCAUUUGGGGUAACAAGUGGUCCACGAUUGCUAGAUACUUGCCAGGGAGAACCGACAAUGAGAUAAAGAACUAUUGGAGAACCCACUUCAACAAGAAGGAAAGGUCCCCUCGGAAGCAACAGAAAAGAAAAACUCAAAUGCUAAAGCUCGAACAACAGCAGCAGCCACCGGAUAAAGAUGAGAUUGCCGCAGCCGGAGAUGGCGGUCGACCGACUGGGCAUGAGGAUCCAUGCUUGGCUGUUAUGUCCGAAGAGGCUGCUUCUUUCUUAGACGAGUACUUGAUGAAUGAAGGGUUAUGGUGGAACCAGCAGCAGGGGAAUAAUACUUAUUAUCAGCAUGCUGGUAAUUGCAACAGCCUUAAUGUCGCCAUGAAAACUCAGCCAGCAGCAGCUGAUUAUUCUUACGGAUGGGAUGCAAAAAAUGUAUUCUAUUGAGGAGGGUACAUUUUCUAAGCUUAGUUUUUGAACGUUUGGGGUUGUUUAGAUAAUAUAUAUAUACAUAUAUGCACUGUUUAUAGUAAUGAUAAUAACGAUUGGGUGUUUACGCUGUUGAUGAAUUUUCGUGAUAACUAUUGUGUACCCGAGCCAAAAAAAGAAAUGUUGAGGGGGCAUUUGGUUGGUCAAAAAUAACGUUACCAAUGGAAAUAAUCUUUUACUGAA